GGAAAUGUAAGUAAAGGUAUAAACAGUAUAAGUAAGAAUACAUUACCAGCAAGCCCGACAUAUAUACACAGUUUAAGUAGAAGUAGGGAUGAAACCUGAAUGAUCCAUAGAACCUGAUGUAGUUGUGUAGUCUACGUCAGUGCGGCAGAGGGAGUAUGAGCCUACAGCAGCAGCAGCAGCGGUGGCGGCGGCAUCAACAGCAGCAGCAAUAGCAACAGUCAGAGCCAGCUUGUUGGUAAGAGAGACUUGUGAACGGUGGGAAACGGUGACUAGGUGGGGGUUACUGCUUCGGAAAUGGCCGCGGGAAAGUAGAGAGCGGUGAGCGAAAAAAAAAAUAGUUUUUUUAAUUAUUUUUUCCUCCACAUUAUUCACUGUGUGAGCAUAAUCUCCUCGUGAGCAGGCGGUUUUUCGCCGGGAUGCUGCGGUACUGGCGGCUGCUCUGAGCUCUCAGGAAAGGAAUACUGAAGAAGUGAACAAGUACUUGCAAUAUUUGUGUAUGUGUAUCUAUAUGUAUAUGUGUGUAUACACUGGACACGAGAAAGAGAAGAUAAGUCAGACGUAGAGCACAAGUUGCGAUAUCUGAAGCUCCAGGGUGAAGGGUUUUCUGUGUUGUGUGUGAUCGUGUCGUAUUAAAUUUUCCCACAGUCAGCCAACGGUUUGACGGUUCGCUUACGACUUCCUGGACGUAUCGUGGGCAACUUUUUAUUUAUUUAUUUUUUUAAUUACCUGACAAGAUCUAGUUCUGGUUAGACGGCAGUUACGAAGGUGUCUACUUGUACUGUUCUGUUUAGUUUAGUUUUACAAUUAUUAUUUAAAUAAUUACUGUAUUUUGGAGUAAGUUGUAUCAAGAGAUGGCCGGUGACAGUACGACGAACAAUGAAAUUGGAGAGGGGGACGAGCAGGGUGCGUCAGCAAGGGGGGAACGGCAUUCCAGAGUGGGCGGCAUUCUGGAAUGUGAUCCCCCCGGUAACAGGAAUUCUCUGAGUAUGAGCGACCAAGCCAACGAGAACACCGACGACGACGGUGUUUGUCGCUAUGGUGCUAGUCCAGCUAAUUCAGAGAUGUCUUUCAUUGAAAUUUGCCAGAUCCGACUACAAAAUUUCUUCCCACACUUCGCACCACCUUCAUCACGAUAUGGAAUUUGUGAUGACUCCGUUGAACUGACGGCAGAAGUAUUGGCAAAUGACGUGAUAAGAUAUUUACUUAAAGAAGACAUGUACCUAAUAUCACAAGAUUCAAUAUCACGCAGUAUGCGUCAUAAUGUCUAUCAAAUGUUAAAUAAACACAGUAUCCUAUUUACAAGUAUGGUGAAUCGGCUUAAUGUCGUACCUGACACAGCAUACGAGGCUUUCACGGGAGUUGCUGAUGAACUAUUUCUUCACGGCGAAAUAACAUGGGCUAAAAUAGUCUGUUUGUAUGCAUUUAUGGGAAGACUGGCGCUGUGGGCCAGAGAUGGCAGGAUGCAUGCAUUGAAACAAAAAUUACCACUUUAUGUGUCGAGGUAUAUCGGCGAAGCGAUUGCACAUUUCAUAAAAGGCUAUGGAGGAUGGGAACAAUUGUGUAUAGAGUAUCCAGUUGCUGAAGAAGUUAGUGGCGCAGUGUGGAGAAGUCUUCUUAUGACUGGAGCAACGCUUAGUCUGGUCGCUACUAUUUUAACUGUCACAGCUUGAACAGUCCGAUGAUUGUAGAUGUGAAUUAUGUUCUAGGGGUUUGUAUAAAAUUAUAUAAAAUGCUCGGAUUUUCUUUUUAGUUUUGUAUAGUAAUUUUAAUACUUUGUUCUGCUAACGUCCAGUAAUUAAAAUAUUAAAAUCAGAUCACGGGAAUACUUCCUCAGGCAACUAAGAAAACAAUUAUGAAAUUACAGGAAGGUAAAAGCCCCUCUACCCGCUCACUUUUCAUUGGAGUGAGAUUAAAUCACUCAAUAUAAAUUAAUAAAUAAAAUGAAAAACCAAAUUUUUUUUUAUAGUUAUUUUUUGAAGUUUCGAGUAUUAGAAUAAAAUUUUAGUUUGAAGAAUAAUGUUGAUAAUUAAUUAUUAUUAAGUUUUUAAAUAAAAUCCUUGAGUGCACCCAUAGUCGCUCACUAAAAGUUGUGAUGUACCAUUACUCGACCAACACAUGGCCCUAUAGUCGCUCAAAGACAAUAUCAAUUAAACUAUGAUAAGUUUAUUGAUUUGGACAAAUAAUUUAUAAAUUAUACUACUUUAUUCUUUCAUAAUAUAAAAUUUCAUGAAUUUUAAAAAUGUAUUUAAUAAGAUAUAGUUUUAACAAUUCUUAAAAAAUUUGACGUAACCUAAAUUUAAUCUAACGAAUGAACGUUAAAGUAAAAAUGCCCGGCUGAGCGCGAUUUUGAAAACAGUCAUUUAAUUUAAAUUUAUAAUCUAUUAUAAAAUAAUUUGAUACAUCAUAUUUUAAUAUAUUUAGAUUCACAAAUAAUUAUUUAUCAAUAAUAAUAUUUUUAGUUGUAAUUUUUUUUUAUAAAAAUUAUAAAAAAACGCCUUAAACAGUUAAAGUGAGCGACUAAUGCUACUGAGCGGGUACAGGCUUUUACCUUAGUUGAAUUUAAAGAAAGAAUUUGCUGAUUUUAAAAAAUAAAGACAAGAAGACUGAGGGUGACUUUAGUUUUUUUUAAAGCUUACUUUGUAGGAAAUAUUUCUUUAGCUGAUUUCGGUAGCUUAUUUAUUGAUAGAUUGUCAGAAGAAACGAAUGUUGUUUAUGGACAAAAAAAAAGAAAUGUGUGAAGCAUAAAGAAUUUUGAAUAGAAGUUUUAAAAAUUAAAAUUACAGUGAGCAGCUUUUUAUUUUUAAAUGUCAAUCUUCUGAUGUCUUUACUGGAUUUUCAAAAUCAAAUUUUAUUUUUAAAUUUUCUUAUUUCACUUAUUUUUGGUUGCUACGCAAAUAAUGACUUCUUAAAGGUGUCAUUUUUAAGAAAUCUUAAUUAAGAGUUCUUGAAGACUCCAUAAAUAAGACGUCAGUUUUGUGACGACUAAAUGUAUUCUUUUUUAAACUUCUUUAUGAAGUCAAAAUUAGGAGCUCCUUAAAGACGUCAUAGUAAAUUCAUCCUGCAGUCUUAUUUGCGAAGUCAGAAAAAAUAACUCUUUUUAAAAACGUCUUACUGAGUUCACUAGGCGGCUUAUUCGACAUCUUGAGAACUUUUUAAAGACUUCUUUAAGAUGUUGAUAAGACGUCCAAAUCAUAAAUAGGAACUCAUUCAGGACUCAUCAAAACGUCAUUUUGCUAUCUGGGUAUCAGAAGAAAAAAAAAUAAAUAAAAUGAAAGCUUAAAUUCGAGCGUAGAUUUAAAAACUUACAAACCUCUGAAUGUUGACAACAAAGUAAUAAUUUAAAUUUAUUUUUAAAAAUAAAAAUAAUAAAUUGUCAGAUUCAUAGAUUAUCAUUAUGUAAUAUAAUCAUUGGGCUUUACCGUUUUAUAAAAUUAACGUAAGAUUAAAAUAAAAUAAUCUAUUUAAUAAUUAAAUUAAUCAAAAAUAAAAAAAAAGAUGACAAAUUAAUGGCGUACUUAUAUUCUGUGAUGAUAUUUCUAAAAAUACAAAACGAAUACAGAUAGCGUGAGAAUAAACAGUUAUAUACGUAAUUUUUUAUACAAAUGAAAAACUAAAUAAAUAUAGAAUAUAAUGAAAAUCACAUUUGUAACUUGAACUUUUGUCAAGACGACAAACGAUAAAUUUUAGUACAUAAUUUAUGAUAAAGAAAAAAAAAUAUUUAAAGUAUUAUCUUAACAAUUGUGAACUCAGCAAUGCAAAUAUAUUUUUUUUUAAUUUAAAUAUCUUAUAGUAUGAGAAUAUGAAUUAAUUAUUCUCAGUUUUUUAACUAAUUAAUUUAAUAAAUUAAUCAAUUAUUUUGGAUUUGAAAUGAAAAUUAUAUUCAAAAUUGUAUUUAGACCUAUAAAGUAGUAUUGAUAACUACUUUAUUAUUCGUAAUGUAAGGGUGUGGUGCAUCCCUACAGAGAAUUUCUUUACAUUAUAAAAUCUCACAAAGUUUUUCCCUACACGAAUCAACUCUACAGAUAAAUUUUACAUCGCAACAAUUCUACAGAAGAUUAUUUUCUCAUCGUUCCAUCUCUGCAUGAGAAUAUCUCUCAUAUUAAAAAUCUUUACAGAGAUAAACUCUACAGAGAUCACCUCUAGAGCGAUCAUUUUUACAUGGCGGUAAAUUCAGACAAUAGAACUUUUGUUUUGACAUUUUAUUAAUAAAGUUGGUUUGUUAUAUAAAAGAAAGAAUGAAUGAAAGUGAAAUUAAAUUAUUUAAAUAUUACAAAAGUGACGGCUCAUCCCGACACAAAUAAAAUAUAUCAAUAAAAUGUAAAAAUAAAAAUUCUACUGUUCGAACUUAGCGCCAUGUAAAAAUUAUCGCUGUAGAGUUGAUCCUGAAGAGACUUUUAAUAUGAGAGAUGUUCUCAUGCAGAGAUGAAACGAUGAGAAAAUAAUCUUCUGUAGAGUUGUUGCGAUGUAAAAAUUUAUCUGUAGAGUUAAAUCGUGUAGGGAAAAACUUUGUGAGAUUUUAUAAUGUAGAGAAAUUAUCUGUAGGGAUGAACCAACCCCAUUAUAUAAUACUAGUAUUUAGUAUUAAAAAUUAAUGGUUUUUUAAAAUGAAUAUAUAAAUAUAUGUUUGAAAGCCAAAUAAGAAUCUCAAAAUUGUAUUGAAUUUAGGUAGAUGCAAACUAUUUGUAUUUAUUCAAUAAUUUAUUUUAGGUAGAAAAUAUAUAAAAUAAUAAAUUUAAUUUACAACAAUCAAAUUUAUUUAAAUAAAAAUGUAUCAAGAUUAUUAUAAUUAAUCGUAAUUGUAAUCGUUAAUUAUCGAUCUUUUUACAUUUUUUUCAUAUUGAUUUGGAUAAUAUCAAUAGUAACUUACACUUUAACACUUUUGUUAUCGUGAAUUAUUAUUUUAAUUAAAAAAUAUUUGAAACAAA